GUUCAGUUUCGCAUAUUGACUGGACAGCACGGUUGUGUUCGCGCUCUCUCUCUCCCGAUCUCGUUGGCACGAUCACCCUCGGAUCUCGCGCAACUUGAACGUCCAGCGAUCUCUUUCGUUUCGGUCGUUUACCUGGUGGCGCUGGUCAGCUUUCAAGCUGCCUGCCCCUGUCUCUUCGGCUCCAAUUCGCGUCUCAUUUUGUGCUAAGAAGAAAAUAUAACAAUUAUAUAACGUUUUAUUGAACCAAAGAAAAAUGUGCUAGAAAGAAACGUUGAUUGCUUGAUUGAGAAAUCUCUGUGAAUCGUAAAGUGAUAUAAAGAAAAUCUGAAGCUUAUAAAUAUGACGUGCCUUUCGGACAUUGAUCUGGCCACCCUGCACCAGCAUCGUCUGGAGGAGCGCUUCAGUUAUAAGCUGGCCUGGAGCGGCACGGCCCAUCAGCAGACCCAAUACAAUGAUCUACUGGUGCGGCACAAUGCCUCCCUGAAGCGGCAUAGAAUCAUCCAGCACAAGGCAAACAAGGCUACCAGUACCAAGCCAAGGGAACAAGGCGAAACCACAACAAACACGGCCAGUAAUCAGGAUAGCCAGCUGACCAAGUCCGAGGACGAGCAUGACGAUGGCUACUUCGAUUCAUCGACCCGACGCAGGCGUAGUGGUACCUGGCCGCGCACCCGGAGCUUGAAUGCCCCGUCGCCCUUCCAGCAGUUCGGACCAUGUGGACGCAUUAUGAAAAACUCCGCCAUGGUGAUGCAGAUUCAAGAUCCGGCCAGCCAGCGCCUGACCUGGUACAAGCCACCGCUCACUGUGCUGGUGAUCAAGAAGAAGGACUCUCAGGUGCUUCUGCCAUUUGUACAGCUGGUGGAGUGGCUGGUGCAGGAAAAGCACAUGGUUGUGUGGGUGGAGUCCGCCGUGCUGGAGGAUAAGUUGCUGCGUGACGAUGUCAAGCUGGAGAACGAGAGCGCCAAGUUCCGGCAGGUGCACGGAGACUACUGUGGCGUGCGUGAGCGCUUUCUGGCCCUGCGCGAGAAACUGGUGACCUUCAAGGAUGGUCGCGAUGAUCUAACCGAUCGCAUCGACUUUAUUGUCUGCCUCGGAGGGGACGGAACCUUGCUGUACGCCUCCCAGCUGUUCCAGCAGUCGGUGCCGCCCGUGAUGGCCUUCUAUCUUGGCUCACUGGGCUUUCUUACGCCCUUCCAGUGUGAUAACUUUCAGGAGCAGGUGACCAAUGUGCUGGAAGGUCACGCUGCCCUCACCCUGCGCAGCCGCCUACGCUGCUCCAUCCACCGUAAGGGCGAGCGACGCAAGGAGUCGCUCCUUCAGCCAGCUGGCAGCAACCUACUGAAGCCAAGUCAGCAUCGCCACCUCAACUAUGUAGAGCUCAACAAUGGACAAUUCACUGGUGGCAAUAACAAUUACUGCAACCCGCACAUGUCAUCGAACAACAGCAUUCUGGUGCUCAACGAGGUGGUGAUCAAUCGUGGCCCGUCGCCAUAUCUUAGCAACAUCGAUAUAUUCUUGGAUGGCAAGUACAUCACCUCCGUGCAGGGCGAUGGCCUGAUUGUGUCGACUCCGACCGGUAGCACAGCUUAUGCGGCAGCAGCUGGUGCCUCCAUGAUCCAUCCCUCCGUGCCGGCCAUAUUGGUGACACCCAUCUGUCCGCACUCGCUGAGCUUCAGGCCCAUUGUGGUGCCGGCUGGAGUGGAGCUGAGGAUAUCCAUAUCGCCGGACAGCCGCAACACCUCGCGCGUCUCCUUUGAUGGACGCAACGACCAGGAACUGAACCAUGGAGAUAGCCUGCGGGUGACCACCUCCAUCUAUCCCGUUCCCAGCAUUUGUUCUCAGGAUCAGAUCUCUGAUUGGUUCGACUCCCUUGCUGAGGGUCUCCAUUGGAAUGUGCGCAAGCGCCAGAAGUGCCUCGAUGAGUUGUCGGACCUCACGGCCUCCGGAUCAGAGGAUACUCUCGACGAGUUUGACAAUCUGAAGAUCUACGAUGCGUAGACGCUCUUCUCUGGAUGUUAGUGUGGCCAAUUAGCUUAGUUCUAGAGCUAGUUUAUAGGGUUUGCUGUGUGCAAUUGUGUAGGCUAAGAAAUGUAGCGAAAAUACUCUAUUGUAAUAUGUAUAUAUACAAAUACAUAAGUCACCUGGUUGAGUUGAAAUAUUAAAUGUUAAUGGAAAAUGAUUGCAAUGUUUGUUUAAGCUAGACAAAUUUUUGUUGUUGCAUGUGAAAAAAUCCGCUUAGGCAUAGCUAUUAAGUUUUUAUUAUAACUCUUUAAUCGGCGAUGGUAAGAGUACUCCGAACUUAAGCAGAAUCAAAAUAUCUGUACAAUUCGAUGAAUGUAAUAAAAAUUGUAUUAUUUACUGAAA